GGUGUUUUCUCACCGCGAUCUAACCGCCAACGAUUCCAGCAUCCGAAAUUAUUCGUGGAGUUUUUGGGAUGGUUCGAGGAACCGGAGACUCUGUAUAUUGCAAUGGAAUACCUCGAGGAAGGCGAUCUCACCAAGCAUAUCGGUACACCACUACCUCAAGAAACCGUUCAAAUUAUUUCAAAGCAGAUACUCGAGGGUCUCAAAGUAAUGCAUCGAGAGGGAAUAGCUCAUCGGGAUCUGAAGCCUGCGGUAUUGUCCUUACCAUCAAAAACCUCGCUUAACGAUAUCGCAUCCCGGAAUACUAACGAAUGCAUAGAACAUCUUUGUAGUUUCUGUAAUUCCUUUCAGGGUCAAGCUGGGAGAUUUCGGAGUAUCGAAGCGGAUCCAAUCUCAGGACACAACAACCUUUCACACCCGAGUGUCGACUCCGGUGUACGGUGCCCCCGAGGUUCUGGGGUUGGAUUCCAACAACGAAACAUCGGACUAUACAACUUCCGUCGACAUUUGGUCACUCGGGUGUGUCGUAUAUGAGCUACUUGUAGGGAAAAGGUUAUUUGACUCUGUGGGCCAAAUAUACCUUUAUCUCUUCCGGGAAUGCCCUCUUCCUGAUAAGCUAAAAGGGUUAUCACCCCCAACAGACGAUGUCGGAAUUUCGUUCCUACAGUCCAUGCUCGCGAUACAACCCAAGGAUCGUCCUACCGCGGUAGAUGCACUAGGCAAUGAGUGGUUGAUUCCCCUUAGGAGUCACGGUGAGGGCAGU